GGAGGAGGGCGGUGUGUUUGUACCGGGGACAGUCCCGUUGAGUGGAGCGAUAGCACGGACGGACAUUUUCAUCCUGUAUCGAAACAAACAGAGCAAAACAAAAAAGAAGAAGAGCAGAAACUGAACGAGUCUUCCUUGUUUGAGGUCGAAGUUUAACAGUCAUCAUGGCCGACGAAUCAGACAUGCGCAAUGAGCUGGCCGACCUGCAGACGCGUGCAGACCAGAUAGCCGAUGAGUCUCUCGAGAGCACUCGGCGUAUGCUGGCUCUGGUUGAGGAGAGUAAAGAUGCCGGCAUCAGGACUCUGGUCAUGUUGGAUGAGCAGGGAGAACAACUUGAUCGUGUGGAAGAGGGCAUGAACAAGGUGAAUGCAGACCUGAAGGAGGCCGAGAAAGAUUUAAAAGAUAUAGGACAAUGCUGUGGUCUGAUAUGCCCAUGUAUUAAAAAGAUUAAGGGCGGGGGCCAGGCCUGGGGAGGGAACCAGGAUGGAGUGGUGAACAGCCAGCCAGGGGCUCGAGUCAUGGACGAACGUGAACAGAUGGCCAUCAGUGGGGGCUUCAUCCGCAGGGUAACAGAUGACGCCCGGGAGAAUGAGAUGGAUGAGAACCUGGAGCAGGUGGGCGGGAUCAUUGGUAAUCUGCGUCACAUGGCCCUGGAUAUGGGCCAGGAGAUUGACACCCAGAACCGGCAGAUCGAUAGGAUCAUGGAGAAGGCUGAUUCCAACAAGACCAGGAUUGACGAGGCCAACCAGCGCGCUACAAAGAUGUUGGGCAGUGGCUAAACUGCGGCGAAAAGUGCUUUCAUCCCCGUUUAACCCCAACCACCCUAAAAAUAACAACACCAAACCCAGCCCAGCCCCAACACCAACGCCCAGCGCCCUCUUCUUAUGCUCGACAGCAGGCGCUGCAAGCUCAUGCUUUUAUUGUGAUACUUGUAGAGGUUUGCACACAUGCACAUAUCAUACAUUCCUCUGCCCCCCCUCUCAAUUACGCCGAUCACUUGCCUCCGUCCCAUCCCUCCCCUUGUUGUCAAUGUUGUUCUGUGUCGUCACUCUUUUGAUUUUGUUAAGAAACAUUAGUUCUGUUGCACAUCGUCCACUCAAACUGUCUCCACACUGUACAUAGUGCUUCUUAAAUGGCUUCAUGGACUUAGAUCACUUCUCCUGUUUUCUUCAUCAUUCUUUUUUUUUAAAGUCUGUGUGUAAUAUAAACUGUAUGUACACCUUUUUCCAAAAUGUUCUUCCCCCCAUAUCAGUAUUCUGGUGUUGUCCAUGUAAGACACACUGUGUAUUCAUCAGUUAAGAUGUUGUGAUGCUACAUGAUAAAGCCACAGUGAUUUGCAGUGAACAUAGUGAACAUACAGCCCUAACAGCUUGUAACGAAGGCCACUGUCUAAAUACAUUUAAUGUUGACGUGGAGCCGCUCAAAUCUUAGUAACAUCAUAGACCAAGGAUACUCAGUUACGUAUUUGAGCCAUGUGGAUGCAAACAUGGCUUUUGUAUUUUACCAACUCUAUUGAUGAAGCAGUAUUAACACAAUUUGAUGCCAUUGAUUGUAUAGCAUUUACCUUUUCCUCAGGGAGCUAAAUCUGACCAUUCAAAAGCAAGGGUUGAAGAUUUGUUGUAAUUCGUACAAACUGUAUCGUAAGUGCAUAUACAAAUAUUUGCAUUAGGUUGUGGUCUGAAAAGCACUGUUGAUGGGACCCUUGUUUAACCAUCAGAAAAAUAUUGGGCAUUACCAUACCAUCAUUGCUAACAUUGUGAUUGAUAAUGAAAGGAGGUGGAGCUUUGUUAAAAGUCACAGUAGGCAAAGGUACAGGGAGGUCACAUCCCAAGCCAGACUGCUUUACCCAUGAUUCAACCCUAGCAACCCUAAUAUCAAGUAGUGCAUUAAGUGUUAUGCAUGUCCAUCCGCUGCUAGAAGACACUGAAUAAUUCAUGUAUACAGACAGAAAUAUCUUAACAUGGCAACUGCAUGCUACAUAUGUAGGCCACACAGAAGAGAGGCCCAUAUUAAUCUGCAAUAGUGCCACUCUUUUUGUUUUAUGUCUCUUUACCUUUCCAGACUGUGACCAUCACUGUAAAAUACAACCUUGGGAAAUGCCAAUAAAACCAUCAUAACUGUAGAACCAAA